AUGGCUAACAAGAACCUCCUCGUGGGCGAGGAUGAGGUGGAAGGCAUGAUCGGUGUCACCGACAGCGAGGAUGACGAGGAGGAGGAGGAGGAGGCUGCAGGACUUAUGGCGUCUAAUGGCGACGUUGUUUAUGCUUGGCCGGACGUAUCGCCUGGUCAUGCUGCCAGAUAUCAAAUGGAAGUGGACCAAAUACGGGCCACGUUUGAGGAGGAUAUUGAAGGCCAGAUCGAUGAGACGAUGGUGUCGGAAUACUCGGAAGACAUCUUUGAGUACAUGAGUGAGCUAGAGGAGGAUAUCAUGCCGAACCCUGAUUAUAUGUCAUCGCAAGGCGAGGUUAACUGGGGAAUGCGUCAGACCCUUGUCGACUGGAUACAGCAGGUUCACCUCCGGUACCACAUGCUCCCCGAGACGUUAUGGAUAGCUGUCAACAUUGUGGACCGUUUCCUUACUCACCGCGUCGUUUCACUCGUCAAGCUUCAGCUCGUUGGCGUCACCGCAAUGCUCAUUGCUUCCAAAUACGAGGAAAUUCUCGCACCCUCCGUCGACGAGUUCUCCUAUAUGACUGGCAAUGGGUACACGAGGGAGGAGAUUCUCAAGGGCGAACGAAUCGUUCUGCAAACGAUAGAGUUCAAAGUCUCACAUUACUGCUCCCCGUACAGCUGGAUGCGGAAAAUCAGUAAGGCUGACGACUACGACAUCCAGACACGGACGUUGAGCAAGUUCCUCACUGAGAUUACACUGCUGGAUCACCGAUUUUUGAGGGUGAAGCCGAGCUUGAUUGCCGCCAUCGGGAUGUACACUGCGCGGCAGAUGUUGGGAGGGGACUGGAAUGAUGCUUUCGUUUUCUAUUCUGGGUACACAGAGGAGCAGCUGAUCCCGGGGCAUAACCUUUUGAUCGACAAGCUUACGGAGCCCAACUUUGAGACACUCUAUAUAUGCAAGAAAUACGGGAGCAAAAAGUUUUUCAAGGCAUCCGGCUACGCGGUGGAAUGGGCGCGAUCUCAGAUCCCCACCGAGGGCGAGGGCAUGGUGUUCGCGUAA